AUGCCGCCCACGGCUUUGGGAGCUGGGGGCGUCACUAAGAGCAUUUCCUGCAAUGCCGAGUGGUGCAUAGCAGCACCUUGCUCCUCUUCUGAUGAGCUGAACCACAAGGGCUGCAUCGGCGGCGGCGGAAGCAGUGCUUCAAAGCCGCCGACGAUGCAGCUCUCCAACUCCUCCGCCUCGCUGCUCAAGGCGUCGAAGACAAAGGCCACCACCUACCUGCAGCUGUACUGCCACAAUUACAGCCAUAAUCACAGUCACAAUGGAGGCAGCUGUGCGGGAGGAGGAGGAUCNGGCGGAGGCCCCCACGAUGAGCCCGAGCGAGAGCACUGGGACAAGAAGAUUGAGUUUCUCCUCGCCGUCAUUGGCUUCGCCGUCGACCUGGGCAAUGUCUGGCGCUUUCCCUACGUCUGCUACCGAAAUGGAGGCGGCGCCUUCCUCGUCGCCUACUGCAUUAUGCUGCUCUUUGGCGGCCUCCCUCUUUUCUUCCUCGAGCUGGCACUGGGCCAGUACUUUAGCAGCGGCUGUCUCACCAUCUGGAAGCGACUCUGUCCAGUUAUGAAAGGCCUCGGCUACGCCAUCUGCAUGAUCGACAUCUACAUGGGCAUGUACUACAACACCAUCAUCAGCUGGUCGCUGUACUACCUCUACGUCAGCUGCCAGUCGCUGGUCAACUUUUCGCUGCCCUGGGACGACUGCUCCCACGCCUGGAACACCGACCGCUGUCAGACGCUGGAGCAGCCCGCCGUCGAACUGAGCUCGGUCAGUCCUGCCGAGGAGUACUUUCUAAACCACGUCCUGCAGAUAAACACCUCCUCGGGCAUCGACUCGCUGGGGCCGAUUCGCUCCUCGCUGGCCGUCUGCCUGAUGCUCAUCUUCCUCGUCGUCUACUUCUCGCUGUGGAAGGGCGUCAAGAGCACGGGAAAGGUUGUCUGGGUGACGGCGCUCAUGCCCUACUUUGUCAUCUUCGUCUUUCUGAUUCGUGCCACCACGCUGGAGGGGGCGAUCGACGGCAUUCGCUUCUACCUCGAGCCCGACUGGAGCAAGCUGAAGUCCAUCAAUGUUUGGAUCGACGCCGCCACGCAAAUCUUCUUCUCCCUGGGCCCUGGUUUUGGCACGCUGAUGGCCCUUUCCUCUUACAACAAAUUUCACAAUAACUGCUACAGAGACGCCAUCCUCACCAGCAGCAUCAACUGCCUGACCAGCUUCAUCGCCGGCUUUGUCACCUUUAGCAUUCUUGGCUUCAUGUCGAAGAAGCUGAACAAGGACAUUAGCACGGUGGUCGCCGAUGGACCUGGCCUCGUCUUUGUGGUGUACCCAGAGGCGAUUUCCACGAUGUACGGCUCCGUCUUCUUCUCCAUUCUCUUCUUUGUCAUGCUGAUCACGCUCG